AUGAGCAGGCUCAGCGGUUGGCUUCGGGGGUCGACCCCGAAGACGAGCACCUCUCCAAGCCCGGCCGGGUCUCAGACAGACCUACGGGCGGCCGAAAUGGCCAAUAUCGAAGAUGCCAUGACGAGUGCCUCCAAGAUCAUGAACGAUGACAUUGAUGGCGCCGAGGAGGACUUGCGGAAGGGGUCCUCGGCAUUUCACUCGUUGGGCCUUGGCAUCACGACGUUCAUGCGCAGCGUCCUGGGUUUCGAGAAGGAGAUCAUGACCGAGGCCAGCAAUAGGUUGAAUGAAUGCGAGACCGUCGCCUGGAACGAGCAGAAGAAAGCCCAGAAAGACUCCGAGAGUCGCAUCUACCCACCGGGUAGUGAGUACGCUCUCAUCCAUGCCGAAGCCCAAUUGAUGGGAGCCAUGGUGGCCGUACUUCAUGAGAGCUUGACCGAGGCCAUCAAAGGAUUCAUGAAGCUGAGGAAGGCUUAUAUCACACUGGACGGCCUCAUGGAGUCCGAGGCUGCUUACCUAAAGCAGAAGGGGAUUCAGCUGAGUGCAACCAAGGAUGAGCUUCCGCCCAUGCCGGAUAUUGCAGCGAAUGCCAAAGAGCAGAGCAAUGGCGAAGACGCCGAUCUUGAGUUCGUCGAGGCGCCCGAAACCCUGUCGGGAACAGAAACUCCGGCGCAAUACGAAGGACACCUGGUCAAGGAGAGCGAUGAGGCAGAGAAGAAGCUUCAGGGCCUGUCCAUCAAUGGAAACGGGGACUUGAAACAGGCCGGUGCUAAGGGAGACACUCCAACAUCUUCGACUUCACAAAGCCAGAGAGAUCUCGGACCUGAUUCGGACGUUUUUACAAAUCCCGUUGACGUCUUCGUUCAUAGUGGUGCAAACAUGUGCUUUGGUAUUCUUCUGUUGAUGAUAUCCAUGGUCCCUCCCGCAUUCUCCCGCCUCCUGUCCAUUAUCGGGUUCAGGGGCGAUCGGGAGCGUGGUGUCAAGAUGCUAUGGCAAAGCACUCGGUUCAACAACAUCAACGGAGCAGUAGCUGGCCUCGUACUCUUCGCCUACUACAACGGGCUACUUGGAUUUGCCGAUAUCCUACCUUCGGAAGAAGACGCCGAGAAUGGCGCCAUAGUGGGCUACCCCAGACAAAGAUGUCAGGAGCUCCUGGCUACCAUGAUUAAGCUUUACCCAGAAUCGCGCCUCUGGCGCCUUGAGGAAGCUAGAGGCUUGUCGAAUAGCCGCGACAUCCCGGGUGCUAUUGCCCUUCUCCAGAAGAACACCGACUCCAAAAUGCGUCAGGUGACUGCCUUGAAUAACUUUGAGCUUUCACUCGAUACCAUGUACGUUGGGGACUACAGCGCUAUGCGCGACAACUUCCUUCGCUGCAUCGAACUCAAUGACUGGAGCCAUGCUCUGUACUACUUUCUGGCAGGAUGUGCUGAGCUUGAACUUUAUCGAACUGCCUUCCACGCCGAGAAAAAGGACGAUACUCAGAUUCAGCUCCACAAGAAGAAGGCGGAGGAACUUCUCCGCAAAGCUCCAACUGUCGCGGGGAAGAAGCGCUUCAUGUCGCGGCCGUUACCCUUCGAACAGUUCGUGCAACGCAAGGUGCAGAAGUGGGAGGAACGCGCCAAAGACCUCAAGAUUGAUUUCGCCGACGCUGUUGGUGUAAGCCCAGUCCAAGAGAUGGUGUAUCUAUGGAACGGCAUCAAGAAGAUGCAGCCUCACGAGCUCGAGCAUUCUGCUGCCAUGCUCACUUGGGACCGACUCACCGCAUCGGAUGAAGCUCAGACACGUAUAAAAGCCGAGAAGGAUGAGAGUGCUGUGAGAGAUGUUUGUUUGGCCGCUGUUUAUCGGGCUCUGGGUCGGCUUGAGGAGGCCACAGCUCUAUGCGAGGAGGUGUUAGCUAUCGAUAAGCUUGCAUUCAAGGGUGCGACGAAAGACGAUUACGCCCAGCCAGCCGCAACCUACGAGCUGGCCGUGCUCGCUUGGGUGGAGGUGCAGAAACCCGAGAUGAGGCAGACGGUCGACGACGAAAAGUCAGCGGACGGCGAGAAGAAGGAGAUAGAAGAUUGGCGCCGCAAGAAGACGGAUGAGUGUCAAGCUUGGCUUGAUAAGGUCGCCAAGUGGGAGGCUUAUGUGCUAGAUGCUAGAAUAGGCAUGAGGGUCCAGACGGGCAUGGAUACUCUGAGAUGGUACAAGAGGGAGAACGGUUGGGACUCUGUAUAG